CCUCCUCUUUUGGCGGCCAUUUCUCCGAGCGCUGCGCGGUCCGGGUUGGCGGCGGCUUCUCCGGUCACGCACGAGGGGCUUGCAGCGGCGGGGUCGGCGGCGAGCGGGGUGUAGCGCUCGCGGGUGUUCGCGAUGAGUUUGCCCCUCAAUCCCAAGCCUUUUCUCAAUGGACUGACAGGCAAACCAGUGAUGGUGAAACUCAAGUGGGGGAUGGAAUACAAGGGCUACCUGGUCUCUGUCGAUGGCUACAUGAACAUGCAGCUUGCAAAUACAGAAGAAUACAUAGAUGGUGCAUUGUCUGGACAUCUGGGUGAAGUUCUAAUAAGGUGUAAUAAUGUCCUUUAUAUCCGAGGCGUUGAAGAGGAGGAGGAAGAUGGGGAAAUGAGAGAAUAGCAUCUUUGAGGUUUUUUAUAUAUAUGUAUUUCUAUACAAUAAAGAUUUGGGUUGUUUUUUUUUUCAACUUGUGAACUAUUUCUGUGCAGACAUUCGUAUGCAAAGCGCAUAGAACUAAUGCUUUAAGAGCCCCCAGUUUUAUUCAAGGUGACUUUGAUAAGCCCACUCACUGAUUUCAUUUUUCCUAUAAAGGAUAAGUUUGUGCUUUAGAACUUUUCUGAAGGUGAGUUUUAGCCACGGUAAUUGUAUUAACUGAGACUUAGCAGCUGUGUCGGUUAAGGUUUUUAAACCACUUUAACAUGCUUAACAUUUCCUUAGUAUUUAUAUUUAUUGUAUUAAUAAAUUAUAUAUCAAUAUAGACUAAUGUACAUAUUGUAGCUAAGUCAAAACAUGAAAAUUGAAAUUAUGGAGAUAGAGCAUAAUACAAACUGACAUUUAAGCUAAAAGUGUGUGGUUUGUUCACUUAAGUUUUCCGAGCUUACUGUGAAAUAACCAGUCUCAUGAUCUGAGGCCAUAGUUUAACCUGUCCAGUUGUUUUCAGAAUGGCACAUUGUUAAAAUGUACAUUCGUAGCUAUGAACUUACUGCUUUAGAAAAUGACUAAAAUUCUCAUGCUUUGAGGGAGGCCAUUCUGCUAUAUAAAUCAUGCUUCCUGUAAUUCUACAAAUAAAGUACUUUGGAUGUGUCUCGAAAGGGGACAACCUAAAGUACAGUGUUUCUUAGCUCAUGGAUGAUGGCAGUGAGUAGUGGUUUGGCAGAAGAAAACAGUUGCCAUGCCUACUCCUGUAAACCUCAGCACUGCAUCACUAAACGCCAACAUCGUAUAACACAUUUGCUAAUUAAAUGUCUUCAUGCUCCUGUUCAGCUAAAAAAAUACUCUUCCUCCUGUGUUUUUGUUCUUGUAUCGCCAAUUAAAAGUAACUCCUGUUUGCUAGCAGAUCGAGGUUUCGAACGGUAGAUCAGUCGUCUUCCCAGCUGAAACGGAAAAACAAUAAUUUUCUUUGUCAUAACUUUUCUGUUGCAGUAUGUAGAAUGACAGUAUGUAGAAUGUCAAUAUUAACUUUAAACGAAUAAAAGUGGCUUAAUAUAGUAAGUUAAAGAGUUCUAGGAGAUGGCUAUAACCUGCUAGAUGUCCAGCGUGCUUGGCAAGCGGGGCAACUAUAGAUACCGAAUAUGGUGGAGUGAUGUGCAGAAAGUUGUUGAGGAACAGGUAGCUCAAAUACGACUGGCUAAAAGCACCGUGUUGGCCACUAAUGUUGCCUUCCCUAGUGCUCUACCUGGGUUUCCCUCAAUGGCUGUGAGUGGGUGCUUUGUUGAGCCAGUUUGAGAAAACCAUUUUUAUCAGUGUUCUUGAUGGGUCUUGGAAGUGUUUGAUUCAUGCCUCUCCCUUUUCUGGUGGAUGUGUGUAACUUAGGUGUUUGGGUGAGGGAACUGCCAUGUUGUGUUGAUCAUGAUCGGAAUCCCCAGUGUGCCUCAGAAGGGUGGCCAGUUCUCAUGUGGGGCUGGGACCAGGGACCAUGCUGGCAGAACACAAACCUUCUUCUUGGGCUGUGCUACUGCUCUCUCCAGCGCAGCUCUUAGCCGCUCCUCCUGGUGUCUUUGCUUUUCUCUCAUCUUCUCUUCACGCAGCCUGUCAUAGGCGAGGAGGUACAUUCUUAUUAGAAAUUCUCUAAUUCAUAAAAAGCAAAACAUCUACAUUUGUAUUGCUUGAUAAUAUCCACAUGUAAGGUUCCCAUAGCGAUGGCUUUGAAUAUUUGGCAAUGGUAAGGCUUGAUUUCACUAUUUUGGAAAAGUCCCUCUUCCCAGUUUGGUCAGAAGCAAGGCUGUGCCUUCCUCCCUCCAUCCCACUGAAGUCCUUCACACCACAGCUACUUCAGCUCCCGGCUACCACCCUCACCCGCCUUUAAAGUUUCUCAACCAGGGGUCAAACCACCCUCCCACAAGGUCACAUACCAAAUACCUGCGUAUCAUAUUUACAUUACUGUCGAUAACAGUAGCAAAAUUACAGUUUUGAAGUAGGAACUAAAUAAUAUGAACUACUAAAGGGUCGUAGUAUUAGGAAGGUUGAGGAGAAAAAGUUUU